AUGAUAUUGCAUCCAAUGGUAUUGGAGUCCAAGGACAACAAGGGUGUGGAGGGAAGCAAAGCCCCGGAGGAGGACAAGGAAAAUGAAGCCUCCAGCACUCUGGAAGAGGAAGAAGACUCCAAUGAUGAUGACUCCAAUGAUGAUGAUGAUGAUGAUGACGAUGAUGAUAAUGAUGAUGAAGACGAUGAUGACAAUGACAAUGACGAUGAAGUAAAGGCCAAGGACAAGCACUCUUUGGAUAAAUCCUGGUCCAAAGAAGAAGAUGAUGAUGAACUCAAUGAAGAAGAAGGUAGCUGCCCAUUAACUAAAGUGACAACGGUUGUGUCCAAAACCGUUGAUCAAUACAAGGAGGAAUGGACCGAUAAGACCAUGAUUUUAUACGCUCUCUUUCAAAACGUAAUGAAAAAAAACAAGAAGACCUACCAGCAAGACUGCCAUUAUACCUUGAAUGCUUUACGCAAGACGAGCGCUUUCAAAGGGGCCAAGACCGAGAAGUUCUACCACGAUCAAAUUUCUGGUUUCCUGUUUUCCAAAUCCCAAGGCUUCUGCAAAUUCCAUCUUGUUUUUGAACCGGUUGAGACACUUUCGGCUGCUAUAGGUGAGAUGCAGAAACAGCUGCAGGCAAUAUUCGAAGACAAAAAGCUAUGCAGCAGCUACUUGAUCAAAUCCGAACGGGAGCCAAGUGACAAAUCAGGUGAGGAAACAGAUGAUGGUGAUUCCAGCUCUAGUUUGGACUCCUCUACCAGCCAGCCCUUCACCUUUUCUGGUGUUGAGAAAUAUCGUAAAGACACCAUGGAAAAGGUUGAGAUCACAUGGCUUUCCUUUCAGAUCAUCAAGUAUGUAUUCAGUCCCACUGCUGGUCCUUUAGGAGCUGUGCACGAGCAAAGGUUUGUGGUGUACAGCCAAAACAUGACGGCCGGCCGAUGCAAAACAAAGUCUGACAUUAUUAAGUUGUUGAGGGACAUCGGUGUUGUAUUUCACUGUGCGGAGCGGAUCCAGAAGUUCAAGACAGAGCUUGACAAAUUUUGGAAAGAUCCACAUGAUCCAUCUGCUGCAACCGCCUUUGCAGAACAAGUUGGAAAGUGGGCACUCCAAACUAAACCCUCGGAGUCGGUGGAUAUUAUGGCAGGGGAAAUGAAAAGAUUGGCAAAAAUCUUUUCGCGGAACAAUCAUUAUUCCAUCACCGAAGACGGACUGAAAAAGAACCAGAAAAGACCACGGGGGCUCUGGAAGUCCUUGGUUCUUGCCCGGAUUUUUUUCCUGUAUGUCAACUCUGAUCCUAGAGAAAUGAAGCGGAAAUGCAAGAACAUUCUCAAGAAAACAAUGACUUCAUUAAUGUUUGGCACCAUGGGACAACAGAAACAGGCAAGAGAAGGUUGUGAUGCAGCUGGCGGAGACAAAAAGGAGGACGAUGCCACCAAUGAAGAUGGUGAUGUAGAGGAUGGUGAAGAUGAUGACGAUGAUGAUGAUGUAGACGACGACAAGGAUGAUGAUGAAGAUGACAGUGACGACAAGGAUGAUGAUGAAGAUGACAGUGAUGACGAUGAUGAAGAUGCCAACAAGGAUGAUGAUGAAAAUGACAACAACAAUACUGCUGCUGGUGAUCCUGGAGUCCAAACAAGUGUCAUAAAAUCCCACAUACAAGUUGGCAAUCUUGCUGUAUGCAACUUUGAGCAAAUGGAGAAUGUAUUCUCCGAAAUUAUUGUCCACACCCAACAAAGAAGCUACCGUCUCCACCUUGCGCCCUGCAAAAUUUAUUUGGGGAUGGAUUUCUCUUUCCAUCCUCAUAAACGAGAGGUCUAUGAAGACAAGGCCAAAAUGGAAAGUGAUCAAGGGUCUGCGGACAUGGUGAUUGGGAAAAAGUAUCCCACCUUUAUUGACAUGAAUGAUAUUCUACAUGUGAUUAGGGGUGAUUCACCCAUAUGGAUCAAGCACAGGGAUUUGUUGAAACGGGUUGAACAGCACUGGUCAUUCUUGGUGCAGACUCUAAUGUGUUGUGGGGUAGCAGAUUGCAGUCGAGCACCUAUUGAAAGGCAACUUAGCUUGGGGGCGGGGGCCUUUUGCUAUGGUAGCAACAAUCGCCCGGAUCCUCACACUGGGUUCAAGCCCCUGGAUAAGUACUUCAAAGACAACCCAGUGGGAAGGCAAUUGUUUCUCAGCGUC